CUUUCUGUAUUUCUCUUCUAGAUGGCUUUUGUGCAACUGAGUGGGAUAACCUCAUCUGCUGGCCAGAAAGCAUCCCGGGGAAGUUGGUGGCGAUGCCCUGCCCAGAGUAUAUCUAUGACUUCAACCAUCAAGGUCACGCCUAUCGGCGGUGUGACGUGAACGGGAGCUGGGCAUUGGUGCCCAGCCGCAACCUCACUUGGGCCAACUACAGCGAGUGUGCCAAAUUCCUCAACACCAACAGGACAGAGAGGGAAGUCUUCGACCGACUCUAUAUAAUUUACACCGUUGGAUAUUCCAUUUCGUUGGGUUCCUUGACAAUUGCAGUCCUUAUCCUUGGCUACUUCAGGCGUUUGCACUGCACACGGAAUUACAUCCACAUCCACCUCUUUGUCUCCUUCAUGCUCCGAGCCAUCAGCAUCUUCGUGAAGGACGCCGUCCUGUACUCCGGUUCAGCCCUGGAGGAGAUGGAGCGCAUCUCAGAAGAAGACCUCAAGUUCAUCACCGAGGCCCCCUUGGCAGAAAAGUCUCCAUUUGUUCAUUCAGACCGUUAA